AUGCUUGAGAAUGAGAAGGCUAGGGAGGCAGAGAGAAUAAACAUUGCCUAUACGGAUGCCGAACCAAAUGCAGAUGCGACGAUCCAGCUGAUAUCCGCCAAGGAGGAAAAUGUAGUGGCUGUGAACGAGCCCAUCACCAUAAGUGAUGGUGAUUCAGAGGAAAUGUCUCCCUUUCGACUCUCUUUCCCUAUACUUCCCAUGCAUCCUCGGGACCCUUUGGUUCCUAACAACUCUAUCAUCAAUCCGAGUGAAGUUGAGUUUAGGAAACUCAAGGACACGCUUACCGACCUUAGCGGGGAAGGUUCUCUGAGGAGGCACCAUAUUGGGCUUAGUGGCGAAGAGCUUGGCAGUGACCUUGGUGAUGAAGCCAGACCUGGAAACCACUAA